UUAUUUUGCUACCAUUGGUGAGAAGAGGCAAUGGGGAAGUCGGUGUGCAUUAUCUCAGCGCAGUAGACGACACAGAACGCAUCCGGCGAGCGGAAUAAACCUCCUUUGCUAUCUUCCUUUUUUUCAUUGAUUAUGCUUUUCAUCAACUAUAACCAUCUAUUAACUAUGCUUAAUAACCAACAAAAGAGAGCGAAAGAAAAAUAAGUACUCAGAAUCUUCCUGAGCCCUUGGAUACAUCAAGUGCGAGUAAAUCAAGUACUUGAAGUUAUCUAGAGAAGCUCGACCAUUCCGCUCAAUCCGACGUCCAGUCCGAUAAGCACUAUUUUAUCAUUUUCAUUCCACUCUUGAUUGGCAAACAAUAAUUCACGUAAAGUACAAAUCAGGCCUAACCGGGCGAGCGCCAAUAUCGACAAGUUCAUCCACGACGGACCAUGGACGCCAAACCGUGCAUCGUAGAGAACCCCUUUGACAGCGAUCUCACCGAGCGUAUUACGAUCAAUGUCGGGGGGUUCAGACACAAUACAUUCAUGAGCACUUUAAAAAACAUCCCCGACACGCGCCUGUCCUGGCUAGCGGAGAACCAUACAAAUUGUGUAGAGUACGACCAAGUUCUUGGCGAGUACUUUUUCGAUCGUCACCCGCGGAUUUUUGCAGAAGUUCUGAAUUAUUAUAGGACAGGCAAGUUACACUGCCCCGGGGACGUGUGUUCCACUCUGUUCCAAGAAGAACUGUCAUAUUGGGGUAUAAACGACCGGGAUAUGGAACAGUGCUGCUGGGCUCAUUACAAGCGGCAGAUUAAUACAGAAGAGACCCUUAAAUCCUUCCAUCUAGACAGCGCAAGGAAGAUGGACGGGAAAGAGAAGAGCGGCAAGCGAAAAAGCCUCACGACUAUCUUCGCCAAGGAGGAAUCAUUCAAGAGGGGGUUCUUGAAACGAUGGAACAGAUUCAGGCCAAAAGUGUGGGCCUUUUUAGAUGAUCCGCAUUCUUCUAAGGCAUCCUGGGUAUUCAUAAUGAUUUCCUGUCUCAUGAUCCUGGUUUCUGUAACACAGUUCUGUCUCGGCACUGUACCAUCUUUGCGAGAAGACAGCUUCACUAUGAAAGUCCUUUACUGGCUCGACUUCAGCACCUCCAUUUGGUUCACUGUAGAGUUUGUCCUUCGUCUCGUUUUCUGCCCAAGCACCAAGGAAUUCGUGAAGAAUCCCAUGAACUGGGUCGACCUCACAGCCAUUCUACCAUUCUACUUUCGCCUGUUUAAACUCCAGGACCAGAUUUCUUGGCUGGUAGUCAUGAGGACACUCAGGAUCUUUCGCAUAUUCAGUCUGUCUUUAUCAUUCCAGAUUCUCUUCCGUUCACUUAUUUCUAGCAAAAACGAGCUUUUCCUGGUAUUUGUGAGCGUCAUGGUACCCAUAAUCCUGUUCUCAAGCAUGAUUUACUUCGCAGAAAAAGACGCUAAUGACAAGAACUUUCAGAGCAUUCCCGAGUCCUUCUGGUGGGCGAUAAUAACAGUGACCACCGUCGGUUAUGGGGACGUCUGUCCAGUAACAAAAUUAGGCAAAGUCAUAGGUGCGGUGUGCGCUAUUUGCGGAGUGGUAAUUGUUGCACUCCCCGUGUCUGUGAUCGGAAGCAAUUUUUCGUAUUAUUAUAUUCAAGCGCACACUAGGGUACAACAACCACGGCGCGCUAACAAUCAGCACCAAAAGACCAUCUCCCAUGUGCCCGCGAACAUCAUGGGCCUUACAAGGCGGUCUACCAUGACAGGGUCUCCAGAUAUGCGCAUGCGUAAGCGAGUGCUUGCGUCACCAGUACGCAAGAGAUUACGCAGGAUGGCGACCAAUGGCGAACCAGGAAGAUUACGACACAACUCAUUUCAACACAUAGAAGAGGUCUCAAACAUGUGAGGGGGGAGGGGGGGGAUAAGGAAAUUGCUACACAACUCAUGUCAACACAUUUUUUUGGUUUCGCUAUCACAGUGUUUAAGAUCUGCUCAAAAACUGUGAUAGCAUAAACAAAUAAAUUCCUUCAAAACUCAUGCCAACACAUAACAGAUAUCCAAGAUGGAAGUCCAAAAAUUCACGCCAAUACAGAACAGAUAUAUAAUAUAUAUGUGAUGGCGGGCCAGCAAGGUUGCGACACAACUCAUGCCAACAUAGAGAGGACUAUGUAAACACCAAAACACCGAAUUACAUAUUCAAACAAUAACUUUGUCUCAACAAGGAACAAUUAUUUAAUCUAUGUACAUAUCAUCAAAUAUCUAAAAUAAAAUAAAACAGUGCCACACGAUGGGCAGCAAGUACAGCUAUUAGGGACCUUAAGCAACGACAUCGCGGACGCCGACGGCAGAAAACAAUGCAAUUUGAUUCAGAAUUUAAUAGCAGCACGUGGAAAUUGCGUUCUGUCUGAAACAUUUCAGCCGUUUUCCGUAAAACCACGGACGUGUAAACUCCAAGAUUCACGGUUAAUUGAGGACGCGGACGUUUGAGCAGUAAACUCCAUUACGUUCGCUGCUGUAGAAAUAAUUUCCUUAUUUUAUUUUUAUGUCUCUGGCUAUAAUGUUUUGCCUAUUCCAUUGCAAUUAAAUUAUUAUUGAUCGCCACGCGCGAAAACAUCUUUUUCGAUCGCGUUGUCCCAGCCGUCGUCGUCGUCCUUGCUUAAGGCCCCUAUUUACUCAUUUAGACGAUGAGGCGCAAAAACGACCUUUAAAAAAUUGUCUCUGCCAGUCACCAUUUUGUCCUCCUACAAGAGAACCAGGUGUGAGAAAGAAUCCGUUUCCAUCGGCUGAUUUGGGGAAGCCAAUGUGAUAUUUUCCAUUGAAUUUGGUAAAUAACGCAUACGAUUACCUAUGGCUACUAUUUAUCCUAAAGUGGUUAUUCUAAGAUUUCUUCUCAUAAUAUUGGUUGUAAACAAUAACAAAGGUGCGGCUGACAAGGGCAAAAUUUAAUUUAAAAAACAAUUUAACUAAAUGCCGGUGUCUGAACCAGUAAAUACGUAAAACUCAAA